AUGAAGGCUGUUCUUUUCGUGUUGGGGUUGACGGCUAUGGCCGCAGCCCAUGUCGUAAACGAUGACCGUAUGAUUGUUGAUAUGGACAUCAAGGAAAGGCAAAUGUUCAUUUUGAAGCUCCUGAAUCAUGUAAUGGAACCAGUGAUGUACAAGGAAAUAGAAGAUAUCGGCAAAAACUUUAAAUUUGAAGACAACAUGGAACUCUUUUUGAAACGUGAUGUCGUCAAAACUUUCCUCUCUAACUUAAAAGUCGGUUUUCUGCCACGCGGGGAAGUUUUCACUCUACACGUCGACCGCCAGAUGAAAGAAGUUAUCACAAUGUUCCAUAUGUUGUACUACGCUAAGGACUUUACAACUUUCAUUAAAACCGCAUGCUGGAUGCGUUUGUAUCUUAACGAAGGCAUGUUUGUAUAUGCUCUUACUGUUGCUGUGAGACAUCGUGAUGACUGCAGAGGCAUAGUUCUUCCACCACCAUACGAAAUCUACCCAUAUUUCUUUGUUCGUAGCGAUGUUAUCCAAAAAGCUUACAUGAUUAAAAUGAGAAAAGGCUUAUUAGAUGAGAAGUUAUGCGACUUUUACGGAAUUAAAAAAACCGACAAAGAUGUUUAUAUAAUUGAUGAAAAUGUUUACGAUACACGAAUGUACCUAAACGAUGAGGACAGACUCCGAUACUUUACUGAAGAUAUUGAUCUUAACACAUAUUACUAUUACUUCCACAUUGACUAUCCAUUCUGGAUGAAGGAUGAUGUGAUGAACACCAAACUGAGAUUCAGACGAUGGGAAAUGACCCUGUACAUGUACCAACAAAUUCUUGCUAGAUAUUACUUGGAACGUCUUUCCGUUGGUCUCGGUGAUAUUCAAGUUAUAAACUGGAAUAAGCCCGUCAGGAAAGGCUACUGGCCUUGGCUGAUGCUACACAAUGGAGUUCAAUUACCAGUUAGAUUUAACAACUAUUGGGUAGACGACGAUAGAAACAGGGGUAUCUUAGACCUUGUUAAAAUCUAUGAAGAUAUCAUCGAAGAAGCUAUUAUGAAAGGAUAUGUCGAAAUUAACGGUUUAAGAUAUGAACUUACUAAGGCCGACGAUGUAGAAAUUCUGGGGAAACUUAUUUAUGGUGGAGAUAUUGACAAACUCUCUGUGAACAAAAUGAAGUGGGAUGCCUAUCGCUACAUGCUCAUCUUAAUGAAGGCUGUUGUCGGAUUGAACACUUGGACAUCUGACAAAUACUUCGUCGUACCCAGCGUUUUAGACAACUAUCAAACUGCUCUUCGAGACCCCAUCUUCUACCAAUUACAAAAGAGAUUAUCAUACUCUUUUAUGUACUUCAAACUCCACCUUCCUUCUUACACUCGGGAAGAUCUUCUGUUUAAUGGCGUGAAGAUUAACAACGUUGUAGUCGACAAGCUUGUCACAUACUUCGAUGAUUACCUAAUGGAUAUGACUAACGCUGUCAUCCUUAACAAAGAUGAAAUGAAGAAGACCGUGUCUGACAUGAAAUUCUUAGUCCGUAAACGCCGUCUUAACCACCAACCAUUCAGAAUUGUGCUUGACAUUGAAUCUGAAAAAACAGUCGAUGCUGUCGUAAGAGUUUUCUUAGGACCCAAAGAAGACCAUUUAGGUCGUUUAUUAGAUAUUAACAUCAACCGUGUCAACUUUGUCGAAAUUGAUUCUUUCUUAUACAAACUUAACACUGGCAAGAACACCAUUGAAAGGAAAUCAAUUGAUAUGCACAACCUUGUUCGUGAUCGUCUUAUGACGCACGACCUGUGGAAGAAGUUUGAUACAAUAACUGACAUGAAAGACCUCCUUUGGAAAGAUCUCAGAAACUAUAACACUGGUUUCCCCACUAGGCUCCUGUUACCUAGAGGUCGUGUUGGUGGUCUGAAGAUGAUGUUGUACGUCAUUGUUACCCCAUUGAGACUGAUUGACAAUGCUGAUGUCUCUUUAAUUGACCUUAACCGAAAGGAUGUGAUGGUGGAUUAUAGAUCUACUGUUCUUCUUGACAAAAUGCCUCUUGGUUUUCCAUUUGACCGUAAAAUAGAUCUUACUAGAUUCUAUACACCUAACAUGAAGUUCUUAGAUGUUGUUAUUUACCACAAGAAAGAAGUUUGUGACAUGAAAACCCGUUGGAACAAAUAUGUGCUCAAAGGCUACGACUGGUACGGAAAUACUAUCGUGGAUGAUAACAACUACUUCGUGGACGUAGAUGUCGACACCAAAGUCGAAACAGAAAGACGUAACUGGGUUAUGUGA